AUGGAAGGCCAAGAAGGACCUCAGCAACCGCACCUCGUGCUGGCUCACAAGCUCUUCCUUCUCUCCCACCCUGAUGUCCAAGACAUCGAGAAGGUCCAACUCAGAGAGGAGGUUUUCGCUUCCGUCAAAGCCGACGAUAUGGCACCGUUGUACGAAACUCUAGUCUCUGAAUCGGUGCUGCCGUUGGACCAGAGCGUUUUGGACUCGAUGCUCGCGAAGAUCCAGGACGAGCUCAAGAAGCUGGACGAAAAGAUUGCUGAUGCUGAAGAGAACUUGGGCGAAAGUGAGGUUCGAGAAGCCCAUCUGGCUAAGUCCUUGUUUUUCAUUCGUAUUGGUGACAAGGAGAAAGCAUUGGAACAACUCAAGGUAACAGAAAGCAAAACAGUUGCAGUUGGGCAAAAGAUGGACUUGGUAUUCUAUACACUGCAACUUGGUUUCUUUUACAUGGAUUUUGACCUCAUUUCUAAGAGCAUUGACAAAGCGAAGAACUUAUUUGAAGAGGGAGGUGAUUGGGAAAGGAAGAAUCGUCUGAAGGUCUAUGAAGGCUUGUACUGCAUGUCGACUCGGAAUUUUAAGAAGGCUGCUGAUUUGUUCUUGGAUUCCAUUUCUACCUUCACCACUUAUGAAAUAUUUCCAUAUGAUAUCUUCAUAUUUUAUACUGUCCUUACGAGCAUUAUAUCGUUGGACAGAGUUUCUUUGAAACAAAAGGUGGUGGAUGCUCCUGAGAUAUUAACAGUGAUUGGGAAAAUCCCGUACCUUACAGAAUUUUUGAACUCUCUAUAUGAUUGCCAAUACAAAUCUUUUUUCGCAGCAUUUGCUGGCCUGACAGAGCAGAUAAAGUUGGACCGUUAUUUGCAUCCACACUUCCGAUAUUACAUGAGGGAGAUCAGAACUGUGGUUUAUUCCCAGUUCUUGGAAUCCUACAAGAGUGUUACUAUUGAAGCAAUGGCGAAAGCAUUUGGCGUGACAGUUGAUUUCAUUGAUUUGGAGCUGUCUCGUUUCAUUGCGGCAGGGAAGCUUCAUUGCAAGAUUGACAAAGUUGCAGGUGUUCUAGAAACUAACCGUCCUGAUGCUAAGAAUUCUCUCUACCAAGCAACAAUCAAGCAAGGGGAUUUCUUGUUAAACCGGAUCCAGAAGCUGUCUCGUGUUAUUGAUCUGUAG